GGGUGUUCCGGUUUCCUCCCACAGUCCAAAGAUGUGCAGGCGAGGUGGAUUGGCUAUGCUCAAUUGUCCGUAGUGUUCAUGGAUGUCUAGCUUGGGUGGGAUACUCCAGUGUGGACUUGUUGGGACGAACGGCCUGUCCCGACAAUACAGAGAUUCUAUGAUCUAUUAUACCUGUAGUAAAGGAACUAAAUACACGUUUCCAUGCUCUUUAACGUGAGCAGCACAACCCUCCGCCCCAACCCCAAACGGUAUUUAAUAACCUGCGGAGCAGUAUUUUGUGGCUUCAAAUAUACCAAGCUCGACAGCACAAUCAUUGACACACAGACGUGAUUGAUUGAUUAAAUUCCAGCUACCAGCCAGUGAGCAAACUUUGUGAUGGCGCUUCAAAUUCACUUAGUCUACGACCCGCAGGGCUGGUGUUGUGUCAGCAUCAUCACCUUUGUUUGGCUUUACAACACACUCUACAUUCCCAAACUUAUCCUCUUUCCUCAUUACGAAGAGCAACACAUUCCAACUGCUGUAAUAGUGCUUUAUUACAUGGUGUCAUUGUGCUGCAUCACCUCAUUAGUGAGAGCAUCCUUUGCUGAUCCAGGGCAGUUACCACAAGAUCCGGAGAUACCGUAUUCAGAAAGACAACUCUGGGAAACAUGUACUAAAUGCAACAAGAGGAGACCAAAGCGGUCUCACCAUUGCAGUAGGUGUGGGCAUUGUGUUCGGAAAAUGGAUCACCACUGUCCCUGGAUAAAUAAUUGUGUUGGAGAGGACAAUCACUGGCUCUUCCUACUGCUAUGUUUCUACACAGAAUUCCUAAGUUUUUUGACCCUUCUCUUCAAUUUCUGCCAAUAUUACUACCUUGAACCUCUAACAAAAGUAAAAGAGGAGCUCUUUGUGUUUCGACAUGAGUUAGCCUUGCUGCGGAUAUCUACCUUGAUGGGCAUAGUGAUAUUUGGAGGGAUGUUUGGCCUCUUUUAUGGUCAGCUGUCAAACAUUCUAGAAGAUAUGACAACCAUUGAAAGGAUGUCAAGCAAUCUUGAUGAGACAUUGAAGCCCAGCAAGCCAUGGCAACAGACCUUCUCAGAAGUGUUUGGCACCCGCUGGAAGAUCCUGUGGUUUAUUCCAUUCAGACAGAGGCAACCGCUGCGAGUUCCCUACCAUCAUGCCAGUCAUGUUUAACAGAUGGAAGUUGGAAAGAUAAGACCUCAUGUGUCAAAAUACUUAGCAGCAUUUCCAGUGAUGCAUCUAUCCCCAUGUUCAAUUUAGCACUCAACAUGUUGCAUCCCAAGUAAUAUUCUGAUCAAAAUUUGUGCCUGUAAGCAAAUCUGUUUCAAAGCCACUUUCAGUAUGGGAUACAACCUUAUGAAAAUAUUACACUUACUUUAGAUACAUUCAUCAACAGUCCAUGAUCAAUGUUAAGAGACAGGGGACCUCCAUUAUCUGAAUAUUCCAACCAAUUUCUGCCUGAUUUAUAGUGAAGGGUUAAUGAAUGAUCAUUUUGAUAAAAACAACUCUUUUUUGUUCUUUUGGAAACUUCUUCACUUAAGUAUGUACAAGAGGUUGUGAAAGGUGCUAGCAAUAUUGUGAAGUUUAAUUCAUAAAUAUGAAUCAUUUGUGCGUAGAUCAAUUACUAUUCUACACUCCGAAGAAAAAUAUCAGUCUAUCACAGGUUAUAAAAGAAAUGUCAAACUUCGUAAUGUCACAUGCCAGUAUGAAGAAAAAUGCAUUUCUAGUUGUUUGAUAACACAAAACUUAAAUGUUGCUGAAAAAUGCAUAUUUUCUUGAAGCUUUUCAUCUGGCAAUCAACAUUUGUGUUUCUUUCAAGACUAGAAGCUUUGACUUAAGAAAAGGUCUUUUUUCAGCAAAGAUGCAUAGAGCAAUUGUUUGAGAUUUUUCAACUAAUUACACUGUGGAUUUGAAAUACGUUGUUUCAUAAUACUUUCCCCUUGUGAUUAUAUUUUUAAUGAUUUUGUACAUUCAGUUUCUGGACUUUUUUUGUAUCAACAUGGGUAAAAUUUAGUGGGCUUAACCAUUUUUUGUCACUCCUGACAGAAAAAUUUGUUAAGAAUGCAUGUUGGAGGUAUGGAAAUUCUCAGUGAAGGGAAUCAUGGAGUCUCAAAUGUACCAAAAGGCAAGGAAAAACAAAAUGAAUGCAGUUUAUUUAAGCCUAAUAAAAUGAAUGUGACCAGACCUGUGGGAAGCAGUUUACAAGGUAGAAAAUCAAAUUGAACAACUUUCUUGUCAAGUGCCUAUAGUUUAAUGAUUUUUAAUAUGACAGUGCAUUUGGCUUGUUCUAAUCAAAUCAAGAACCAAAGAUGUUAUAUUACUGUUCAUACAAGCUUUAAUGAUAAAGUAAAUUAUGAUUUUCGUUUUAAACAACCUGCAGUAAUUUGUUGCAAUGACUUUGUUGUAUCCUGAUUUUCAGACCAUAGACUGCGUGGAUCUCUCCAUUAUAAUCAUGUAUAUUUUAAAAAGCUAUGUGAAUUGCACUGUGUAUAUGUUUCGUCCCCCUUUCAAAGAUACCUGAGUACAUAGUGCAUACUGUUUACAUAGUUGUAUGCAUUGCAAUCGUAAAUUCUUCUCCAUCCUACAAUCAGAAAUCUCUUACGUGAAUUCUUAAGAGAUAAUGUCAUGUACGACCAUAAUAAACAGGAGCAGAAUUAGGCCAUUUGGCCCACUGAGUCUGCUCCACUGUUCCAUCAUGGCUGACGUGUUUCUCAAGCCCAUUCUCCUGCCUUCUCCCCAAAACCCUUGAUCACAUUACGAAUCAAGAACUUAUCUAGCUCCAUACUAAAUGCGCCCAAUGACUUGGCCUCCACAACCUUCUGCAGCAGUGAUUUCCACAGAUGGGCACCACCCAAUGGCUGAAGAAAUUCCUCCUCAUCUCAGUUCUAAAGGGUUGUCCCAUCACUCCGAGGCUGUGACCUCAGGCGCUAGUCUCUCCUACUAAUGGAAUCAUCUUCUCCACAUCAUCUAUGUAGGCUUCUCAGUACUCUGUAAGUUUAAAGGAGAUUCCACCCAUAUCCUUCUUAAUUCCAUUGAGUACAGAUCCAGAGUCCUCAACUGUUUGUCAUAUGACAAGCCCUUCAGCCAAUAAUAUUCUUCUGGAACAAAAACAAAGUUGCUUGAAAAGCUCAGCAGGUCUCGCAGGAGCUUCUGGCAAUAUUCUUGUGGACUCCUUCCAAGGCCAGCACAUCUUGCCUUCGAUAUGGGGCUCAAAACUUCUCACAAUAUUCUAAACGUGGUCUGACCACAAAAUUAUACAGCCUUAACAGUACAUCUCUACUAUUGUAUUCUAGCCCUCUCGAAAUAAACGUUAACAUUGCAUUUAACUUCCUAACUGCGAAGAACACCUGCAUGUGGACCUUAAGAGAAUCCUGAUCUUUGACUCCAGAAUUCCAAAGCCUUUUCCCCAUUUAGAAAACAAUUAUGCCUCUUUUCUUACUAUCAAAGUACAAAACUACAUACUUUACCACAUUGCAUUCCAUAUCUUUGCCCACUCUUUUAACCUGUCUAAGUUCUUCUGCAUCCUUUGAGCUUGCUCAUCAUUACCUGUCCCUCCACCUAUCUUUGUGUCAUCUACAAACUUACGAACAAUGCACUUGCUCCUUUCUUCAGAUCAUUAAUGUAUGACAUGAAUAGUCAUGGUUCCAACACUGGCACCUGCAGAACUUUAUUAGUCACUGGUUGCCUUACUAUAAAAGACCGCUUUAUCCCAUUCUCUGGUUUCUACCAAUCAUCCAAUCAUCUAUCCAUGCCAGUAACUUGCUCUUAAUGUCACAGGCCCUGAUCUUACAAAUAUCCUUUAUGCCACCCUGUCAAAGGCCUCUAGAAAUCCAAAUAAGUCACAUCUACUGGCCGUCCUUUGUCUAGUCUGCUUAUUAUCUGCUAAAAGAAUUCUAACAUAUUUGUCAGGCAUGACCUCCCCUUAAUGAAGCUAUGCUGACUUGGUUCGAUUUACCAUCCACUUCCAAGUACUGUAAUCUCAUCCUUAAAAUGAACUCUAAAACCUUACCAAUGACCAUGAUCAGGCUAAUAGGUCUAUAAUUUCCUACCUUUUGUCUCCCUCCCUUUUUAAACAGAAUGUAAGUAAAUGGUAAACCAAUAUAUUGCAAUAUUGACAGUUAAUGUUGACCCUCUGCUGCUUUUGUGCUUAUUGGUGCUUAGUAAAUCCGAAUACAGUGCUUAUUCCCUUCUGCAUAUGUUUUAAAUGGCAGAGUAACUGCUGUUUGAACAUAUUCUUUCAGACCUGUGUUUUUCCUCAUUUUCUUCCUUACUAUCUUAAAGGGGCUAGAUUCAUACUGAGUGUUCAGUUUAUGGGUUGCAGCAUCCUUUCCAAUCUCAUCCAAGCGAAGGUCUCAUUUGGAAACCCAGUUAAUAAAAUUAUUCACUUGGAGAGCAUCAGUACUGCCUGAUCUUUCCCUCAUGUAGCACUGUCCAGCAGAGAAUACUGCCCUUAGAUGAAGACUGAGAUUGGCCGAUUCUUUCCACUUUUUUCAGACCAAGGGCAUGGAUACCUGUUGCAGUUGCCAACGCUUCAUUCAGUGUAGAUCAGACACUUAAUGUGUAACCUCCUGGGUUGCUUGAUUCAGUGGAUGGUUAGUUACGGAUUUACUCAGCAGGUGACUCUACAAGACAACAAGUUGUGGAGCUGGAUGAACACAGCAGACGUGGCAGCAUCAGAGGAGCAGGAAAGCUGGCGUUUCGGUU